AUGAAUUUGAAACCUCAUAAAUUAGGAUAAAUAGAUGAAUUUGAACUUUAAAAUACAUCUAAAGAUGAUAGCCAUAAUACAGUUUAAAACUUUAAGGAUUUACCACUUUUUCAUCUUAAUGCCAUUCCCAAGAAAGUACUAAAUAUUUUAAUUAAGAUAAUUGCAAUAACUAUUAUGCUUACUAUAUUAGGAAUAACUUUUUUGAUUAUUGGUUUGCUACUAUUUUUUAAAUAACCAUCUAAUUAUGAUCAAUAUCUGCCUUUAUUGUUCAUUGGCAUUCUAAUGACUAUACCAGGCAUUUAUUAUAGUUAUAAAAUAACUGUAUUUGCUUAUUCAAGAUCUAGAUACGAGCAGGAAUAAAUUAUUCAAGAAUUGCCAAUUGAAUACUGA